ACAAAGUUUUUAAAACUUUACAGAAAAUAUACACCGGCAAAAGUAAAAGAAUGGAGCGGCCGGGGACCAGCGGUGAGCGAACGCCUCUAGUGCAGCCAACGUAUGUCUUCGAGUCCAGCAUAACGCGGCGCUACCGCAAGCGGCUGAGGAAUUGCCAGUGCGCCAUCUGUGUCUCUUUACUAGUCCUCCUCAGCAUCAUUCUCCUCGUCACCGUCUCCUACAACCUGGCCGACGACUUCAACGGCGACGACCUUGACAAUAACACCAUUCUGCCGAUCGUCAUCCCUGUAGCCAACGGCUCCAACCUGAAUAUGGUUGGCAAUCUGACGAGUUCGGGCAAUAGGACGGCGUAUAAUCUGACGAGUUCGGGCACCAGAACGGCGUAUAAUCUGACGAGUUCGGGCAACAGAACGGCGUAUAAUCUGACGUCGAUAGAACCUAAUUUACUGCCGAUUAUGAACAAGAAAUGGCCAUUAGAAGAAACCCCUUCACCUCCCUGGCCAAGCACACCCCCCGCCGCCAACAUAUCUGACGCCGUAUCCCGUGGCAACGCUGCGCUGGCGGCGCAACAGCGCGCCGAAGCGGCCCGUACGGCGCUAGGCCGCAACACGCCGGCGCACCGCGCGCAGCGCGCCGCAGCGACCGCUGCUGACGUCAAACCGCUGGCUGAUGCUGCGUAUGCGGCUGAGGAGGCUACUAAAGUGCUUGUUAACGGCACUCCACAUCGCGGUGGCAGCAUCGGCCGCGGUCCGGCCACCAACGGCCACUUCCAAGAGCCACCUUACUGCAGAGACACCACUCCUGUGUGCCCUGCCAGCAAGUUCAGAAGCCAAGAUGGAAGCUGUAAUAAUCUAGCUAAUCCACUACGAUGGGGUGUGUCUAGGACACCUUUCAGGAGGGUGUUGCCGGCAGAUUAUGGAGAUGGCAUCAGCUCUCCACGGAGAGGUGUCAACGGAACCGCUCUCCCAAGCGCCCGAGAUGUCAGCCUCACGGUCCACAGGCCUAGCUACGCACAUGACAUCUCGUUCACCGUGAUGCUAGCUGUCUGGGGGCAGUUCAUAGACCAUGAUAUAACCGCCACUGCUCUCAGCAAAGGUGAAAACGGCACGGCGCUUUCUUGCUGCGACCCGUCGCAGCCCCCGCACCCCGCCUGCUUCCCCGUGCCCCUGGACGUGGAGGACCCUUUCUACCAGGAUUACCACGUCACCUGCAUGGAGUUCGUGCGUUCAGCACCAGCGCCUACUUGCCAUUUCGGUCCGCGAGAACAAAUGAACCAAGCUACAGCCUACCUCGACGCCUCCACAGUCUACGGGUACUCACCGACCCGCGCCGCUCAACUCAGGACCUUCUCUGGAGGGCUACUGCGGAUGCUGGUCGUGGAGGGAAGGGAGCUGCUGCCGCAGUCCAUGGAUCCUAACGAUGGGUGUAAUACGGAGGAGAUGAACGCGAAGGGGCGGUACUGUUUUGAGACUGGGGACGACCGAGCCAACGAGAACCUCCACCUCACCACCAUGCACCUGCUGUGGGCGCGCCAGCACAACCGCGUCGCCCGGGUCCUCGCGACCCUCAACCCGCGCUGGGAUGACGAGCGUCUCUACCAGGAAGCUAGGAAGAUUGUGGGCGCUCAGAUGCAGCAUAUCAGCUAUAAUGAGUUCCUGCCAUUAGUUUUAGGUAACGAUGUGAUGUGGGCCCUAAACCUGUCCCUACUGCCGACGGGUCAUUCCAACUCAUACAGCCCUCGUGUGGAUGCUUCUAUGGCUAACCACUUCUCGGCAGCGGCCUUCAGAUUCGCCCACACUUUGCUACCGGGUUUAAUCCACUCGUUCGACGCGGACACUGGCUCGGUAGACUACAUCCACCUCCACGAGAUGCUGUUUAACCCAUACAUGCUGUACCGGGAGACUGGAGCGCGGAAAUCGGUCUAUUCCGCCAUGAACACGCCGGUACACGGAGUAGACCCUCAUGUCACUGAUGAGCUAAGUAACCACCUCUUCGAGCGCCCCACCACCAACACGACCCUCACCAACUCCUCCCUCCCCGCGCACCCCUGCGGCCUCGACCUCGUCUCCCUCAACAUACAACGAGGGAGGGACCACGGGCUACCAUCAUAUCCAGCUUGGAGGGAGCAUUGUGGGUUCAAGAGGCCUAGAAAUUUUGGGGAGUUAAAAGGAGUUCUGAAUGAAGUAUCUUGGACACGAAUCAGUACCAUUUACAGCCACGUAGACGACAUAGAUCUCUACACUGGUGCUUUAGCCGAAGAGCCAAACGGGAGGCUCCUCGGACCAACCCUGACCUGCCUCAUCGCUGAUCAGUUCUUGAGGAUCAAGAUUGGAGACCGGUUUUGGUAUGAGACUGAAGAUGAGGCUGCUGGCUUUACCAUUGAGCAACUAACAGAAAUCCGGAAGACAACCUUAGCAGGUGUAAUCUGUGCGAACGAACAACUACUGGCCCAGGCGCAGCCGCGGGUCAUGGAGCUGGUGGGGGAAACUAAUCCACUUGUGGCCUGUACAGAACUUCCACAACCUGCUUGGGACCCGUGGAAAGAAUAGUUUGAUAUUAAGAAAAGCAUAUUAUGUUCGGUAUGUGUUACUCGAAAAGUUUACAGUGGACGCCGAUAACCCAAAAGACUAAGUUUAUUCCAGAUGGUAUUUCGAUUAAAAAAUGCGUUAUCAAAGUGAUUAAAAUUUCGCUAUUUUAAUAAAUUUCGUAAUUUUCUGUAUGAAAAUUAUACCUCCGCUCAGUCACUUUUCUUAAACACCGCAUUAGAUGGCGCUACGGUAAUAAGUAGUGACAUUGGGCAAAAUGGGCAGUGUUUUUUUGUCCAAUCAGGCAUCAGAAUUAUGGCUAAAGCGUUUAUAAUGUAGACUUUAUAGAAUCACAGCACAGUUACGGUGGCCAGACGAUUUCAGAUGGCCAGAAUAUUUUUUGGGAAGUCUCGAUUUUUAACCAUGGCAUUUGGUCCUGCCCUAAAUUGGGAAAGUCGAUUUCUAGGUCCUACAUCUGGACCGGAUGACUAGGUCCAUGAUUUUACUGGGUUCAUCCACUAAACCUCACUUCAUUUCUUCAUCAUCUAAUUUAUGUUCAAAUAGAAGUUAUUAUAAAAACGUUAUAUUUAUUUGGACUCGACCUUCCUCGUCCGCAUUCCAUUUUGCACUGCAACACUGUGGUACUGUCUUUUUGUAAUGUUAGGUGUUUGACAAUAAAGGCGUGGCUACUUGGCGUCAAGCCAUUUUAUUAUGAGGAAGCCGAUAAAAUGACGACAUGAUGUAAAGGUACAGAUUACCAGUUCGACGGAUGAUAUCAGCCUGUCAGUUGUUCGGAGCUGUCAAAUUUUGCGUUUAACUGACAGGUUGAUAUCGUCCGGCGAACUGGUAAUCAGUUGGGCCCCUUUAUAAACUGAUGAUUUGUAUUGUCAGCCAUUAGAUGGAGCCCAUCUAAACUAGCUUAACUAGAGCAAAGCGAGGGAGUGCGGUCAUUAUAAAUGCUGAUGCCAUAGAACGAAGACUACUAUCAGGUGUGAAGUAAUCUAAAAUAAUGAAGCCGCGAAUUGGACAACAGAAGCAUAUGCCGCUGCAUUUAUAGCUGUAUAGCCAUGCGCGUAUCCAAAAUCAAAAUCAUUUUAUGAGAAUCAGUUACUAAUAAAGCUGUUAGGUACUCCGCGUUACACCUAAAAUCAAUUAAGAAAUUAAUUUUAUUGAUUUGGUUUGUUUUUAUAUUUGACAUGGUUUAAUAUUGUAUAUUGUAUCUUUAGUUUUAGUAUUAAGAAAUGUGAAUAAAAUAUGUGACGUUUUCAUCCAAAAGGUACCAAAUUGUCGGUUGUCGAUAAGGUUGAUUUCUAAUUGAAGCUAUAUAAUAUGGAUAUGAAAUAGCGCCAUAUAGACAACUGACAAUAGGGUAGUUGUUUGGUUGAAAAUAGCACAUAUUACGAGCUCUCCCGACUAAUCGUAUUAAAAUUUUAUAAAUAGUAAAUAUUCAAAUAGUAGUCUAAUGAGGCUUGAAUUACGGUACGCUGUAAUAUGUAACUAUAAAAUGUUGUAAUUUAUGUUACUUAAGAAAUUAAUAUUAGUU